AUGGGUUUGCCGGCAUGUAUCUGUGAUUAUUUAUAUGGUCUACGAGAUUCGCUGAAAAGUCUUUUCGUAAUCCAUAAAUUGGAUCAGAUAUCAGAUGGCGAACGCAGGAAAAUGGAGAAUAAGCAAAGAGAACUGUUGCGUCCGAAAAUGACUACUGUGCUCCAACAGAGGCGACUUGCUAGUUCAGCAAAAGAAAAACGUAAUGUUGAAAUGGUUGCAAAGCCAAAAGCAAUUACUGGACUUAUGUGUUCGCUUAUUCUGAAUAUGAUACUUAUCUCUGUAUUAUAUGUAACAAUGCCAAAACAGACAUCUACAUUUCUUCGAUUGCUUCAUGGGUUAUUUUGUUUGUCCGCUUUGAUCAUUUCACGAGUAUGCAACAGUAUAUGGUCUUCUGAUAUUGCAAACGCUUCACUAAAGUACACGGGUGUCCACACUCCAAGUCUAUCCCUGAGUCGAACGACCGGUGAUUUUUGUUCUUCGAUGCUUCUCGAUUUUGUUUUUUUCUUGCAAUCACUAUUCGUCAGCAAUAUUCCAGUACCCCUUGUCUCUUCAGUGUUUACUUUUAUUCACAUGACUUUGCUUAAUUCCUUAUUCAGUUUUGAAUACUUAUGGAUGUCGCUUGGAAUUGGAUUACGAGCACGCAUUAAUCUUAUUGAACGUAACUGGCCAUACUUCUUGGGCUAUGGCACUGUGCUUACUCUUUUUACUAGCCUUACGGAUAAUAUGGUGUUGAAUGCAUUUCUGUUUGGCGCUCUAUUCCCAUUUUGCAUCAUAAGCAGUUUUUUGGUAGAAGCAGGCAACUAUAAACAAAGAUCGCACCCUUACGUUCAUAUAUUUGGUCCCUCAAUAGCGACUACGAACUACAUAACAUCCGGCCUUUCUAAUUUACUAAAAUCAAUUGGAUGUAAGACUGUACAAACAAGUAUGGUAAAGAAGAGUAACAUAUCGCUUCGUGAUGAUCAUUCGCGUUCGCCGAUGCGAAAUAUGGAUCUUAGAACUGGACAUAGUGGAGCCAGAAGUUCUACUGAGUGA